AUGGCGGGAGGCACAGUAAAAUACCGCCACCUAAGCCGCAACUCAGCGCACCGCCAGGCCCUGCUGCGCAACCUGGUGACGGCCCUCGUGCAGCACGAGUCGGUCCACACCACCUGGCCCAAGGCGAAGGAGACCCAGCGCAUGGCCGAGAAGCUGAUCACCCUGGCGAAGCGGAACAACGAGACCAGCCGGCGGAAGGCCCAGGGUAUUCUCUUCACCCCCCAAGCCCUCCUCCCAAAACUCUUCGGCGAGCUGCGCGAGCGCUACGCCGACCGCCCCGGCGGCUACACGCGCGUGCUGCGCACGGAACCCAAGUCGCAGUACGACCAGGGCGCGUCGGCCAUCCUCCAGCUGGUCGACGGGCCCAAAGACCUGCGCUUCGCCAUGACGGCCGCCGCCGUGGCGCGCGACCGCCAGCUAAAACGGCCGUCGAACGAGCUGACGCUGAUGAACCGGGCGAAAGUUAUUCGCUACCGCGAGGACGGCGCGCGAGGGUUCGAUGAUAUGGUUGCGCGGUUGGGGGCGUUGAACCUUGCUGGUGGUGGGAAGGAUAAGAGGGCUAGUAGGGAGGAGAGGGAUGAUGGGACGGAUAUCGAUGUGAGCAGACUGGCGAAGUCGAGGACUGGUGCUGCGAAGGGGAUGAAUGCGAGCAUAUCAUAG